GCAAUAUCUUCCUCACUAAGCUUUUAGAGUCUCAUCCCUCCAUCUGUCUUCCCCAUCCCACCACCUGAAUUAUUUUCAAACUCGCCACCCAAACCAACGACUCAGACUCAACGUCGUCCCCUCCCGCUGUCUAUUUAAAAGCUGUAAAAACUAAAAACUAAAAAGUUGGGGAAAAUGAAUCUGUUCUCUGGCCCAUUCUUCCCAAAAAUGCUGAUUCCUUCUUUUGUGGAAUUCUGAACUCAUCGGACGAAUUUCGAUAUUCCCUCUUUUCUGUUUUUUUUUUUUUUUUUUAAUUUCAUCUUGUGGACGAGACGUCGGAAUUGGAAAAGUUGAUUCGCCCGUCCUUGUCCAUUUUUUUCCCUCCUAUUUAUAGGUCACAAUUGGAAGAACAAACCCAAGCUGCAAUAGCAACCUUCCAUUUCUGUUAUUGGUGGUGUUUAUGCUGCAUUUUCUCUCCUUUUGAGUUAAUAUGGGCUACCAAAACAAUAGUUUUAAUGAUAAUAAUCAACAGACUGACAUCGGUGCUGUGAUACGUGAUGGAAGAGAAAUCCUUCUACAGGCUUUUAAUUGGGAAUCUCACAAACAUGACUGGUGGAGAAACUUGGAGAGUAAAGUUCCUGACAUUGCAAAGUCAGGUUUUACAUCUGCAUGGUUGCCACCAUCAACUCAUUCUUUCUCUCCUGAAGGUUACCUUCCCCAGAACCUUUAUUCACUCAAUUCAGCAUAUGGUUCUGAGCAGCUGUUAAAAGCUUUACUUCAGAAAAUGAAACAGCAAAAAGUUAGAGCGAUGGCUGACAUAGUUAUUAAUCAUCGUAUUGGGACUACCCAAGGCCAUGGGGGAAGGUAUAACCGGUAUGAUGGAAUCCCACUGUCAUGGGAUGAACGUGCUGUUACAUCUUGUACUGGUGGAUUGGGUAAUAGAAGUACUGGAGACAAUUUCCAUGGGGUUCCAAAUAUUGAUCACACCCAAGAUUUUGUUCGAAAAGACAUCAUAAAGUGGCUGCAAUGGUUACGUAGUGUUGGCUUUCAGGAUUUCCGCUUUGAUUUUGCAAGGGGUUACUCAGCAAAAUAUGUGAAAGAAUACAUUGAAGGAGCAAAGCCACUAUUUUCUGUUGGGGAGUAUUGGGAUUCUUGCAACUACCAUGAUCAUGGAUUGGACUACAACCAAGAUAGCCAUAGACAACGAAUUGUCAAUUGGAUUGAUGGAACUGGCCAGCUUUCUGCUGCAUUUGAUUUCACAACCAAGGGCAUUCUUCAGGAAGCUGUAAAGGGGCAAUUCUGGCGCCUGCGUGACCCACAAGGGAAGCCACCGGGUGUAAUGGGAUGGUGGCCCUCAAGAACUGUCACAUUCAUUGAUAACCAUGACACAGGCUCAACCCAGGCUCACUGGCCUUUCCCUUCAAAUCAUAUUAUGGAGGGUUAUGCCUACAUACUUACACAUCCAGGGAUACCCACAGUUUUCUACGACCACUUUUACGAUUGGGGUGACUCCAUUCAUGACCAAAUUGUUAAAUUGAUGGGUGUUCGAAGGCGUAAAGACAUACACAGCCGAUCACCUAUUAGAAUUCUGGAGGCUCGUCCCAACCUUUACUCUGCAAUUAUCGGUGAGAAAGUAUGCAUGAAGAUUGGGGACGGCUCCUGGUGUCCUGAUGGCAGAGAGUGGACCUUAGCAACUUGUGGGCAUAGAUAUGCUGUAUGGGAAAAAUGAUGCUUAUUGUUGCAACCUUUUUUUAUGCUUUCCCGCUCUUUAAUAUUGGGGGAUUGAUGCAGGUACUAGCACAGGGGCUGAAUCUUCCUUAAUAUAUUUAUAUUGUAUGAAUAAAGCAUCCCUCAUCAA